AUCACACGUGCUCUCUUCCAUUUUUUCGCCGGAGUUGCCUCCGCUUUUCCCCCAAACCCUCAUUUUUUCUUUUCCUUCACUUUCUCGCCAUCCAAACGCUCCCUAACUCCGUCUCUGUUCGUGUUUUGUCUUUCUUUUGUUCUAGAUUCGACUAUGUAUUGACCAAAUAGUUUCGGAGUGGAAUUAGAGUUUGAGUUUUAUAGUUUUUGGUCUUAAAAUGGGGGGCGUCACGUCUUCGAUGGCGGCGAAGUUCGCUUUCUUUCCGCCGAGUCCGCCGUCGUACGAGGUGGUUACGAGAGCGGGGGAUGAGGUGACGAGGAAGCUGGGGAUGUCGGGGGUGGUCAUGAGGGAAAACGUGGACGUUUUGAAGCUGGAUACGAAGAAAGGGAAUCAGGUGGUGGCAGUAUAUAUUAAGAACCCUGCGGCUCAAUUGACUUUGUUGUUCUCGCACGGUAACGCUGCUGAUCUGGGUCAAAUGUACGAGUUGUUUUAUGAACUCAGUGUCCAUCUUCGAGUCAACUUGAUGGGGUACGAUUACUCUGGGUAUGGCCAAUCAACUGGGAAGCCAAGUGAGCAAAAUACUUAUUAUGACAUAGAAGCAGUGUAUAGAUGUCUUCAAGAGAAAUAUGGGGCGAAGGAGGAAGAGGUUAUCUUAUAUGGGCAAUCAGUUGGGAGUGGACCCACUCUAGAUUUGGCCACUCGACUACAGAGAUUGAGGGCUGUAAUUCUACACAGUCCAAUCAUGUCUGGCCUUCGUGUCAUGUAUCCAGUGAAGCGAACCUACUGGUUUGAUAUUUAUAAGAAUAUUGACAAAAUAAUUUUUGUGAAUUGUCCAGUCCUAGUCAUUCAUGGAACUGCUGAUGAUGUUGUUGAUUGGUCCCAUGGUAAGCAGCUUUGGGAUCUCUGUAAAGAGAAGUAUGAGCCAUUAUGGAUUAAAGGAGGGAAUCAUUGUGAUUUGGAGCUUUACCCCCAAUACAUCAAACAUCUCAAGAAGUUCAUAUCAGCGAUUGAGAAAUCACAUUUGAGAAAUGGAUCUGGGCUUAUUAUGGAUCAGUCAGGGAAUCCCAGGAAGAGCACAGAUUUUAGAGAUACAUCCACACCAAGUAUAGAUCAGAGAGAGAAAUGUAGACCAAGUACCGACCAAGGAGAAAAACCAAGAGCAAGCGUUGACCAUAGAGAGAAAUCAAGAACCAGCAUUGACAGGAGAGAGAAAUCAAGAAAGAGUAUGGAUCGCCCUGAGAAAACUGUUAAUGGGACAGAACUGCCAGAAAAAGCCAGGAACAGCAUUGACCGGUUUGGAGGCAUGAUGAGAACGGUUAGACUAUGCAAUAUUGAUUGUUUUAAGCCUACAGCAACAAAUGUCUAGAAAGAGGAAAGUAACAGUUCUAAAAGGUGACAAUAUAGCCACAAUACCGUAAGAAAAACUUCCUGCCCCUGUGUCGGCUUGGGAGUAGGGAACCAGUGAGCAAUAUUAUGCAGUAGUACUCUGAUUACUUUUCCUAGUAUUUACUCUGUAAUGGACAUGAAGUUAGAAUUUCAGCACUGAUUAUAGCUA